GUCCUGGGCUUCAUCAUCGCCUUCGUCCUGGCCUUCUCUGUCGGCGCCAACGAUGUGGCCAACUCCUUCGGCACUGCGGUGGGCUCGGGGGUGGUGACCCUCCGACAAGCCUGCAUCUUGGCCAGCGUCUUUGAGACGGUGGGCUCUGUCCUCCUGGGAGCCAAAGUCAGCGAGACCAUCCGUAAGGGGCUGAUCGACGUGGGGAUGUACAGCUCCAUGCAGCAGCUGCUGAUGGCGGGGUCGAUCAGCGCCAUGUUCGGAUCUGCUGUGUGGCAGCUGGUGGCUUCGUUCUUAAAGCUUCCCAUUUCUGGUACCCACUGCAUUGUUGGCGCAACCAUUGGCUUUUCGCUGGUGGCCAAGGGGCAAGAAGGUGUCAGGUGGUCUGAGCUGCUAAAGAUCGUGUUGUCCUGGUUCAUCUCACCCCUUCUUUCGGGCAUCAUGUCUGCUAUCCUGUUUUUCCUUGUCCAGAGGUUCAUUCUCCGUAAGGCAGAUCCCGUUCCCAACGGCUUGCGAGCUUUGCCCAUCUUCUAUGCCUGUACUGUGGGGAUCAACCUCUUCUCUAUCAUGUAUACUGGUGCACCUCUGCUGGGCUUUGACAAACUUCCUCUGUGGGGUAUCCUCCUAAUUUCGGCGGGGAGUGCUGUUGUCUGUGCUCUCGUCGUCUGGUUCUUUGUAUGUCCGAGAAUGAAGAAGAAAAUCGAACGAGAGAUCAAAUCCAGUCCUUCUGAAAGCCCCUUGAUGGAGAAGAACAUCAGCCCGAAGGAGGACCAUGAGGAGCCCAAGGCAGCUCUGGGAGAUGCCAAGAGCCCCGUUGUUGAUGUGGGGUCAGCUGCGCCCCACCGGGCAGCAGUGGAGGAGAGGACAGUCUCCUUCAACCUUGGGGACCUGGAGGAGGCCCCAGAGCAGGAGAGGCUCCCCAGCCUUGACCUGAAGGAAACCAGCAUUGACAGCGCUGUGCGGCUGCCCAAUGGCAACCUUGUCCAGUUCAACCAGGCCAUGGGCCACCAGCUGAGCUCCAGCGGGCAGUACCAGUACCACACUGUGCACAAGGACUCUGGCCUCUACAAGGAGCUGCUGCAUAAACUGCACCUGGCCAAGAUGGGGGACUGCAUGGGGGACUCGGGGGACAAGCCCCUGCGGCGUAACAACAGCUACACCUCCUACACCAUGGCCAUCUGUGGCAUGCCCCUGGACUCCCUCCGUGCCAAGGAGGGGGAGGAGAUGGAGAAGCUGACCUGGCCUGUGGCGGACACCAAGAAGAGGGUCCGCAUGGACAGCUACACCAGCUACUGCAAUGCAGUGGCAGAUGCCCACCCGGCUGCUGAUGUGGAUCUGAACACGGCCCAGGUGGAGAUGGGAGUCAGCGACCACAAGGGCAGCAGUAGCUCCCUGGAAGAAUGGCAUGACCUGGACAAACCCGAGGUGUCCCUCCUCUUCCAGUUCCUGCAGAUCCUCACAGCCUGCUUUGGCUCCUUCGCUCAUGGUGGCAAUGAUGUCAGCAAUGCCAUAGGGCCCCUGGUUGCGCUCUACCUGGUCUAUCAGACAGGUGAUGUGGCUACCAAGGUGGCAACUCCCAUCUGGCUGUUGCUCUACGGAGGUGUGGGGAUUUGCAUCGGCUUGUGGGUCUGGGGAAGGAGAGUCAUCCAGACGAUGGGGAAGGACCUGACUCCCAUCACACCAUCAAGUGGCUUCAGCAUUGAGCUGGCAUCUGCCCUGACGGUGGUGAUUGCCUCCAACGUUGGUCUCCCCAUCAGCACAACACACUGCAAGGUGGGCUCGGUGGUCUCGGUGGGCUGGCUGCGCUCCAGGAAGGCGGUGGACUGGCGCCUUUUCCGCAACAUCUUCAUGGCCUGGUUUGUCACCGUCCCCAUCUCGGGUCUCAUCAGUGCUGCCAUCAUGGCUGUCUUCAAGUAUGCCAUCCUGAAGGUGUGAGGGGCUCGUGCUGCUCCUGCUUCCCUGCUGCCC